UUCCUCCCUCCUCCCCGUCCUCCUUCUCUUCCCCCUCCCCCUCCGCCUCCUGCCUCCACUGACGUGACGAAUGCGGCCGCUACGGCAUUUUCGAAGGCUGCUGGCCCCCGUGCUGCGUCCGCGUGGCCUCGCCUCGCCUCGCCUCCCCCCCUCCCUCCCCCUUGAUGUAGGGGCCCGACAAGCCAGCUCAGACCCCCUGGCCGCCGCCCGGAGCCUCUGCAUGGAAUCGUCGUCUGGGUUUCUUGCAGGCGCUGGCCGGGGACCGAGAACGGCGAGGGACCAGGAGACAAUGCGAGGGGGUUUGAGGAUGCGAGCGGGAAUGGCCGGGUGAGCACGGGGGGCAGUUGGAGAGGCGCUCUCUCGUUGGCACUAUCCCAAAGGGCUCUGCUCUUUUCGGGUUCUUUUCUGCGUCGGCUUCCCAGCCUUUGUACAGAGUCGAUGGAGACGCUGUUUUCCUAGGGGGACCCUGUGGCGUCGCGUCUGCCUUAGAGCGCGCCGCCGUGGAGCAGGGUGGCGUGUCGGAGGAAGUCCUCCACGCGCCGGGCGUGGAAGGGAUGCACGCGCUGUUGGGCUUCAGCGGCGCGCGCAACGAGGCGGUCGGAGCAGACAUGCAUGCGAAUCGCGCUGCGGUGGCAGCGGUACGAGCUGCAAGUGAAGAUCAGGACUGGGCUCUCCCGAAGUGGUUUUCCUGGCCCGAUGUGCAGGCGUUCCUUGUCGCCCCCGGCUUGGAGGGGGACCCAGAGGAGGCCGCGCGCGGCAUCGCGCAGCUCAUGGACCAGAUCGCGCAUAGGGAUGCGGGGCAUGAGUUCCCCUUGGUCCAGCCGUCGGAGCUCGGGGUGGAAGUGAGCAUUUUCUUUGCCUUAGAUGCUGUGUGGCACUUCGUCGGAGGGGAGGCCCGACGUUGCCCCAUCAGCCAGAAUACUGCUGCUGCACCGCGCCUUGCCUUUGCGCAAAAAAUGAUAUCAUUUCGCCUU